CAUUCGCCACCACGUGCUAUUCUAAACGCCGCCAUUUUGUCUUGUCUUCGAAACUCGUAAUUUUGGUUCUUUCCAAAACUUACCUUUUUGAAUUUAUCUCGCCAUAAAUAUGAUAUAGUCUUUAGAUUAGUAACUGAUAGUUCUCCAAAUUAUCAAAAUGCAGCCGUUAAUGUCGAUAGGAAACACGAUAGAGCGUCGGGUUUCCGAGGAUUCUAAGGAACCUACUGGUGUGUCGUACUGGAGUAGGACAGAGCGUGGCCAGAAGGCUGAGCUGCGACUGCAGAAUCAUCCUUACGACCUGGAGUCCUGGGGGGUGUUGAUCCGGGAGGCGCAGAGCCUUCCCCUUGAUGCAGCCAAAGUACUAUAUGAGAAGCUUGUGAGAAGGUUCCCAAAUGCUGGUCGAUACUGGAGAUUAUACAUUGAGCAAGAGAUGAAGCAUCAGAAUUAUGAGAAUGUAGAAAAGUUGUUCCAGAGGUGCCUUAUCAAAGUGCUUAAUAUUGACUUAUGGAAGUCUUAUCUUGCCUAUGUCAAGGAGACGAAGAGUUCGCUGCCCAAUUUCAGAGAAAAGAUGGGUCAGGCUUACGAGUUUGCUCUUGACAAAAUCGGGCUGGAUUUUAAUUCAUACCAAGUCUGGAUGGACUAUCUUACGUUCUUAAAAUCAGGAGAAUCAACUGGAAGCUAUGCUGAAAACCAAAAGAUUGCGAUGAUCCGAAGGGUUUAUUUGCGUGCUGUUACAACUCCUAUCAUCAACGUUGAAGCGAUCUGGAGAGAAUACAACACCUUCGAACAGGGAAUCAAUAAAGUUCUUGCCAAAAAACUGAUAGACGAACGAACAAGAGACUACAUGAAUGCCAGACGGAUGGCGAAGGAAUACGAGGCAUUAUCACGUGGUCUAAUCAAAGGAGCGCCCUCUAUACCGCCCCAGGGAACCCCUGAGGAAAUGAAACAACUGCAAUUAUGGAAGAAGUACAUUUUCUGGGAGAGGAGCAAUCCAUUAUGGAUUGACGACACGGGUCUGCUUACAAGAAGAGUGAUCUAUGCGUACGAGCAGUGCUUGCAGUGCAUGGGCUUCAACCCUGACAUCUGGUGUGAAGCGGCAACGUACCUCGAGUCUACUAGCCGAGCGUUGGCCGAGAAAGGGGAUACCCAAGGCUCUAAAGUACUCGGAGACGAGGCGGCCAAUUUAUACGAAAAGGCGAUCAGUGGUCUCAUGCACAACAACUUGUUGGUCUAUUUCGCGUACGCGGAUUUCGAAGAGGGACGAAUGCGAUUCCAACAAGCGAAAGAAAUAUAUGAAAAAUAUAUCGCACUCGAAAAUGUCGACCCUACAUUGGCGUUCAUCCAGUAUAUGAGGUUCUCCCGGCGUGCUGAGGGUGUGAAGGAGAGCCGAUCGGUAUUCAAAAGAGCACGUGAGGACGCUCGUACGAACUUUCAUGUGUUCGUUGCAUCUGCCCUGAUGGAGUAUUACUGUGGCAAGGACAAAGCCGUCGCUUUCAAAAUAUUCGAACUGGGACUGAAGAAAUACACAAACGAGGCUGACUUUGUCCUCCCCUAUGUUGACUACUUGUCACACCUGAAUGAUGAUAACAAUACACGUGUCCUCUUUGAGAAGGUGUUGAGUACAAUGCCUAAAGAGAAAGCCAGCGACGUUUGGACGAAGUUCAUAGAGUUCGAGACCACGAGUGGUGACCUGUCUAGUAUUCUGAAGGUGGAGAAGAGAAGGUUGCAAGUGUAUAAAGAAGAAUUUGAGCAACAUGAGACAGCUGUCCUUGUGGAUCGCUAUCGCUUCCUUGACUUGCUUCCCUGCUCGCCUAUGGAACUCAAAAUCAUGGGAUACACCGGCCCAUCGCGCCACGUGACAAACAUUUCGACUGCCCAGUCCAGCACGGACAACCCGUUAGAGGAGGUCAAAGAGGAAAAGACUGUUCGCUUCCCUCUUCCUGACACGUCACAGAUGACUCCUUUCAAGCCGACAGCUGGGGCUGUCGGUUUCAGCUCUGUCCCUGGGGGAGUGUUCCCUGUUCCUCCUGCCGCAGCGCAUCUUAUGACACUAAUGCCUCCACCAAACUCCUUCCAGGGUCCAUUUGUCGUCAUCGAGGAGCUAAUGCGACUCUUCGCCGAGUGUACUCUCCCAGAUCGCCCCAUUGGCGACACACAGAACGGACUCGACGAAGAAAUGGAUACUGAUCAAAAGAGAGGUGUUAAGCGGCCGGGGGGCGGGGAUAGUGACGACGAGGGUUCGACAGUGGCCCCGCCAAGCCAUGAUAUCUACCGGGCUAGGCAGCAAAAGAGGAUACAUUGAAUCGUAGGUAGCGUGUAGAUAUGUACAGAAUACACAUUUUAAAUUUGUCGAAAAACAGUCUUUAGGGAUGUGGCAGUAGGAAUUAAGGUUUGAAGAACAGACUUUGUUGAACCAUUAUCACGUUUUCUUUGCGGAUGACGUGUAUUUGACAGACAUGCACAUAAUUCUAACUCCAGUUUCUACGACAUGAACGUCCCAAACACUUUCAGGAUAUAUAUUUUUUUAUCAGAACUGUUCAGUUCGAGGAUUUGUUCUUGUGCACUGAUUUGUCGCCACGAUGCACUGUUUGCGAAACUGUCUUCAAACAGAUAUACCUAUCUUUUAGUAUAGUUUUCUCCUGCCAUAACAAACCAUGCUUUGUUUUUAUGUAGAAUAUGUUUUGUUUGUACUCUAAUAUCUUGAAUCCUAGAAGUGCUUGUUUAGAAGAGCUGUUUUAUCAUUAAAAUGCGUUUUGUAUAAUGAUUGAUAAAGUUUGAGUAUAUCGAUAAAGGCGGAGUUUUUACUAUAUUUGAAGAAUGUAGCAUUCUCGAAAUAGAGGCCAGUAGCGGCGGAUUAUG